GCAUGAUAUUUUAAAUUUAAAAUUUUUUAAAAUAAUGUAAAUAAAACUUUUUCUUAAGUUGAGAAUCUCAAAUCUAUUGUCAAAUUAAAUUUUAAAUUUAAGUUUAUAAUCGAAAUUGUUAAAUACAAUUUUAAUCGCGACAGAGUUGUUUUUUUUUAGGUUAGUAUAGAGGGGAUGUGUCAACUCAAAAUGUAUAUUUCUUUAUAUUGCACAACAAUGGUUAAUAUUUUGGUAAAAGCAACCACACCAGAGUAUUUAUUUGUUGUCGCUGAAGUAGAUCCAACGAAUAUAGACCAUCAGUUCGUUGGUAGAAUUGAAGAUCUGCGGGGUUGUGAUUGACUAGAGCUAGAGCCCCUGACUGACAAUAGAAAUUAAAUUUAAUAGUGCCCAAAGCAACAUGACGUCUCCAUGGGCAAAAAUUGAACACCCUCAUCCAGUAAAUCUAGAAGAAAUCAUGUCUGAAGAAAUUGCCAGAGAACUGCAAGCCAAAGAGGAUAAAAGACUGAAUCAAAAGACGAAUGAAGACACUGUUGUAAAGUUACCUGGUGAUUUUGUAAAAACCUUGUCUGAUGAUACUUGUACCAGUGAUGUGGAAAUGGCAAAGACAGUGCAGAUGGAUAAUGAUGACCAGUUGAAUCCGGAAAUAUUGAUAUCACCUAACGAUUGUAGAAAAGAUGGUCUUAGUGAAGAUUUCACUAGUGACUCCGAUGACGAAGAAAUUUUCGAUUCCACUGAAAAAAAGUUCUGGGAUAGAUUUGAAAGCUUAGAACCCAACUUAGCCUUAAACCCACAGUGCUUUUACAAAGUUGAAAAAAACAGACCCGUAAUAAAAGAUGAUGAAUUGAUGUGUGAAAUUAAAAGAAACUGUGAAUUGAAGUUAUACCCCUAUAAGUGUCUUAGCGAAGAAUCAAUGGAAUGUAUCAUAGAAAGAUUUACAUAUAUCAUACUAUAUAAAAUGGUACAAAAACGACUUUUGAAAACUAUCAAUGGUGUAUUCAAUGUUGGUAGAGAAGCAUUAAUCCUUCACGCCAAUCCACACUCCUCAUUUUCUUCUAAUCGCAACUUCUCCAAAGAAUUUACUAUAAAAAUCUUUAAGACAGACCUAACUAACUUCGUAGGAUUGGAUCAAUUUGAGGAAGAUGAUCACAGAUUUAUGAACAGAAAAGGAAAGCAUGCUUCUAGAUCAACUGUUAAUAUUUCUGCCGAGAGGGAGAUGAUCCACCUGAUUCAAAUGCAGAAGGCUGGAAUACCGUGCCCAAAGGUAGUAACACUUAGGAAAAAUGUAUUGGUGAUGGAGUUCAUUGGGGAAAACCAAAUACCUGCACCUACGUUGAAGGAUAUAAUGGCAGAUGUUCAUUGCACAAAUGCUUAUGAGCAGGUUAUUGAAUAUAUGAGGAUACUCUAUACCAAGGCAGAUUUGGUACAUGCAGAUCUAACGGAAGAUAAUAUUUUGUGGCACCACGAUAAAUGCUAUUUCAUUGAUGUCAGUGAAGCAGUAGAGCCUAGCCAUGAACAAGCAUUCUUCUAUCUAUACAAGGAUUGUACUAAUAUGACAACGUUGUUUUCAAAAAGAGGUGUACCAAAUGUUUUUACCACAGAUGAGCUGUUUAGGUAUAUAACAGGUUUUGAUUUUGGUGAUAGGAUUGCACAGGCUAAUAUAAGGGCAUCUUUUAAACUCAGACCACAGAUACAUCAUAGGCCCAGUGUAGAACUUGACUACAGUUCAGUUAGCAAUAGAAGGAAGCCAAACUAGUGCAGAUUCCUGAAAAAAAAAACGCAUAACCUGCCUGAAAUAAAUAUGGAUAUGUGAUGUA